AUGCCCCGGCGCAACAGUGUUCAGGAUACCCAGCCACUCGUGGCUGCAAUCGACAUUGGCACCACCCUGGCGCGAUGUAUUUUAUUUAACCAGUACGGGGAGGAGAUGGCGAAGCACCAGAUCGAGUACCUGACGUCAGCCUCGGAGGCGCCUGCUGAGUCGCUGAACACCGACCAGUUUCGGAGACGGCUGUCGUUGAUGCGCCACAACCAACCCAUUUUCUCGGCGGAAGGGGUGGCCAUCUCCAUUAACGACGACGUCAUGGUGGAAAACAAUAGUGCUAGUGUCGGGCCCACCCUUAGAUUCCCCCAACCGGGCUGGGUCGAGUGUAUGCCGGUACACAUCCUUGCCAACGCCCUCCAGUGUCUUACCGCGUGCAUGAUCACGUUGAAGCGGAUAAACCGAGACCCCAACUUGAAGACAAAGUAUAAGGUGCGGGCGAUCGGUAUUGCCAACAUGCGGGAAACGACCAUCGUGUGGCUGAGACGGACUGGUAAACCCUUGAGUAAUGGGAUCACCUGGACGGAUACCCGUACCGCCGAGAUCGUCCAACAUUUGGAGCGGAUGACCGACGAGGAACAAAAGGAAGAGUUGCGGGCGAAAACCGGGUUGCCAUUGCUGACGUACUUCUCCGCAGCUAAGCUUCGGUGGUUGAUCGAUAACGAUGAUGAUAUCCGGGAAGAAUACGAAAAGGGUGACGGUAACCUCAUGUUCGGUACCGUUGACACCUGGUUGAUCUACCACAUGACUCGCGAGCGGGCGUUUGUCCUGGAUGUUACCAACGCCCUGCGGACGUACUUCAUGGAUUUGGAGACGAUGGACUACGACGAGGAAUUGUUAGACUUCUGGGGCAUCGACCCCGAGCGCAUUCGUCUUCCCAAGAUCGUGUCUCUGUCUGAGUUAUACGGGACAUUCUCGGUGCCCAACUUGGUCUCAUUGGGCUUCCACAACAAGAUUACCAAUGAAGCGCUCGAAAUGCUUAAAACGUUAGCGGGGACUCCUCUUUGUGGUUGUUUAGGUGACCAAUCGGCGUCUCUUGUUGGUCAAUUAGCAUUGAAAAGAGGCGACGCUAAGUGUACCUAUGGUACCGGUUGUUUCCUUUUGUUCAAUAAUGGUACUGAGAAGAUUAUUUCGAAACACGGUACUUUGACAACUUUUGGCUACUGGUUCCCCCACUUGGAAGGAGAAUCCGGUAAACCCCAUUACGCACUCGAGGGGCUGAUCGCAGUUGCUGGGCUGAUUAUCCAGUGGUUGCGGGAUAACUUGAAAUUGAUUGAAAACGCCCACGAUAUCGGGCCUUUGGUUUCACAAGUACACAAUUCCGGGGGCGUGGUGUUUAUUCCGGCAUUUUCUGGUUUGUAUGCCCCUUACUGGGAUCGUGGCGCUCGGGGUACCAUUUUUGGGAUGACUCAAUACACUACUUCUGGACAUAUUGCUCGGGCAGCAAUUGAAGGGGUUUGCUACCAGGUUCGAGCAAUCUUGGAGGCCAUGGCGCUGGAUGCUUUGAACAAACAGAAUGCUUUAGACCCUACUCUGAAUCCUGAUGAGGACGACAAGUUCGUGCUUUUGCGGGUAGACGGGGGUAUGUCGAAGGCCGACGAAGUAUUGCAAAUUCAAUCAGACAUCCUUGGUCCCAUGAUCAAUGUGGGGCGGGCGCCGAUCGCUGAAUGUACUGCAUUGGGUGCUGCGAUUGCUGCUGGGAUGGCGGCGAAGGAUCCUGAACAGCGGGUGUGGAAGGAUUUCAAGGAUUUGAAGGAGAAGAUCAGAGGUGAGAAGAAUCAACGGGAGUUUGCUUGUGAAAUUGAACUCAGCGAAAGAGUUAAGAACUUGAAGCGUUGGGAAAAGGCCGUGUCCAGAGCUCAAGACUGGUUGGACCCCGAAAUUGAAUAA